GGAGGAGGACAGAGAGGAGGAGGAGUAAGAAGAAGGAGAACCAUUAUAUCUAAUGAGAUUCGGGCCACUGUGAUAGACCAUGUGCUGAACCAUGGUUUGAGCAUGAGGGAGGCUGGUUUGAGGGUCCAGCCCAAUCUCAGCCGAUUCACAGUUGGUGCCAUCAUAAGAACAUUCAGGAUGGAGAACAGGACCGAAAGACAACCUCACAGUGGGGGAAAAAGACGUGUUUUCACACCAGAGCAGGAGACCCUAAUUGUGAACAUGGUUCGUGAAAACAAUGCAAUUACCCUAAGACAAAUUAAACAGAAGAUCCUAGCAGAUAAUGCAGCUUUUAAUACGAUCCAGAAUGUCAGCCUGUCUACACUGGACCGUGUCCUCAAGAGGAAUUCAUUAGCUAUGAAACAGGUCUACAGGGUCCCGUUCGAAAGAAACACAGACCAUGUGAAGGAGCUACGGCGCGACUUUGUGCUUCGAAUCCAGGAGCUUGAUACGGCGAAUGAACUAUAUGAAUAUAUUUUCAUAGAUGAGGCUGGGUUUAAUCUGGCCAAGAGAAGGCGCAGGGGAAGAAAUAUCAUAGGCCAGCGGGCCAUUGUUGGGGUCCCCGGCCAGCGUGGUGGGAACAUAACCAUGUGUGCAGCAAUAAAUCACCAUGGUGUCCUGCACCGCCAUGUACAUCUUGGUGCCUAUAACACAGACUUGCUGCUGGCCUUCCUUGAUGACCUCCACGAACAACUUGUUCCACCAGAUCACACUGAUGAUCCACAAAGAAUUAAUUAUGUUGUCAUCUGGGACAAUGUGAGUUUCCACCGGGCUCUGCUUGUACGUCAGUGGUUCCAGGCCCACCCACAUUUUACGGUGUUAUUCCUCCCGCCGUACUCUCCAUUCCUCAACCCCAUAGAGGAGUUCUUCUCUGCUUGGAGGUGGAAGGUGUAUGAGCGAAACCCCCAGACCCAGGUCCCACUCGUCCAGGCCAUGGAAGAAGCCUGUGGUGACGUCAGCCUCGAGUCCAUUCAGGGAUUCAUGCGCCACUCAAGGCGGUUCUUCCAGAGAUGUCUAGAUAGGGAGAACAUAGCCUGUGAUGUGGACGAGGCCCUCUGGCCUGACAGAAACCGAAGGCAUGAUGAUGCUUGAUCAUGAUGAUUCCUCAAUCAUGUACAAUAAAAAGACAUUUUUGGCUGCAUAUUUGUGUGCUGUUUUACAGUAAGUUUGUUUUAUGAAAAA